AUGACGAUCUUGCAAAUGCCACAUCGUGGUCUCCUCAUCUCUUUCACAACAAUAAUUGGAAUCCUUUACACAGAACUUCCAGAACUUUCAUCACUUCAGCACAACAUCUCAUCGACUAUCUUUUCAGCCAAUUUUCGAUCGGAUACUUUCCAGCAUAAAACCAUAAGAAAUUUCCAAUAUGCAAAUUCUAAUCCUUUGCCGAACCACCCCUCAUUCUUGAUUAGCCAGGAAAAUGCUCAUCAUCCAAACUUCUCGACUAUUUCUCAAAACAAUUAUGCUGCGAAGUUAUGUGUACGCUCAAAUCACGAGAUUGCAGAUGAACUAUUUACUUUGAUACGGACAAAAUUGAUAGAGGGGGACAAUGUCUCUAUGGAAUACAAACCCUCGCUUGUGAAAGAUUCUAUUAAACUCUUCUAUCGCAGACACGCGUUUGGCCCACCAGAAAUUUUGGAAUUCGGUCUGUCUAUUCGCAAGUCCAUUCGGGAUAUUCUUUCAAAUAUUCGGAUUGAAGACAGGGAGGAGAAGAGCUCCUGUAUACUAGAGGUAGUCGACGAAGCUUAUUAUGAACAAGGAUGGCGUCUCCACAGCCCUGUGGACAGUGGUCUUUCGAACAAUGACUGCAAUUCAGGUCAUGAUGCACACAUCCCCUCCGAAACUGAACCAACGAAAUUUUCUCAAUCAUUUUCUGAUCCCUCUCCUUCCUCGAGCCAACCUUUCAUUCUCACAUCAUCUUCAGGCUCUCGCUCAAAGAAACGUCCAACAAAAAAACACUCCUCCACUGAAACAUCAAGUCCUCAAACCAGAAGACAACGUCCCACUUCCUCCAAGCUCUACAAAUGCUACUGCAACAAACGAUUUGCCACUCUGAAAGCUCUCCGCAAACAUUCCAACACACACAAUCCUUGUCAAUUCAUCGCCUGUCCUGAACCCUCCUGCACCCACCUAUCUCUCCGAAUAGACAGUAUAGAAGAUCAUCUCAAAACGCACCACAUUGACAUCUCCCAUCUUUCAUCCCAUGAACGCCAUCAAAAACGCGAGGAGCUAAAACAAAACACCUUUCUGAUACUAGAUCGUACGCACGACCGUUGUGUUGUCGGGGGUUGUGAUCGAAGAUUUUCGAGAAAUGAGCUAGAUGGUUGCAAACGGAGUAUGGCUCAUAUUCUGAAUCAUUACAGAGAUAAGAAUAACCUGCCGACUUCAUUUAGACAUGCGUGCUCGGAUGAUGUGAUGUGCAGUGGUAAGGAAGCUUGGAGGAAUAGUGUAUACGUCACCGGAGAACGGAUUCAAAAGCUGGAACGGCAUGUUAUUGAGGAUAUAGAUGCGGAGCCAUGAUAGAAAGCGGGAGAACGGGGAGGACGCUGCUCCCUAUUAAUUUUCAAUCAUAUUCGGGAUUUAUCGACUUCAAAGCGGGGAAGAGCAUUAUAGGAAUUUAGAAGAUAUUUGAUAUUCAUCACAUACACACCCGUCAUGAAACACUUAAUUCGUAAUCUGCCUAGCAUGUAAACACAGUCAUCCCAAUCGAUAGACAAACAUUCCAAUGCCUCGAAUGUCACAACGGUUUAUUUCAUCUACUGACGUCCUUCGCUCGAGACCUCAGAAUUCUCCAAAACUUUACCCUC